AUGGAGGCGGAGAACCCUAAACGCAAAAGCGCCAAGCUUUUCACUCUCUUUAAUCCAAUUCUGAGCUUCUUCAAACCUAGACGUAGAAGAACCAGAUUUAUGGAUCUUCCAAGGGUGAUUAUGGUAGAAAUUCUCUCAAAAUUGCCGAUGGAGUCCAUGUUAAGCUCUAGGCAAGUUUGCAAACUCUGGUAUAAUCUUUUCUCUGACCCUUUAUUCCUUACCAUGUAUAAAUCAAGAUCACCUCCUCCCUGCAUUUUGUUUUCACGUGAUCACGAUAUAAGUCAGCUUCUUGAACUCGAACCAUGUUGUGAUGGUUAUUCCUCUAGACUCUGUAACAGACCUAUUUUAUUGAGCUACCCUAAGUUUAACACACCAGUAAAUCGCGGAAUGGACAUUCCAGUUGAGGAUUACCCAAUGUUGAGAUUAAUUGGUUCAUGUAACGGAUUUAUUGGUUUGAUGACUAAUAUAUAUGAUAUAAAUACUUCAGUUUACAUAAGUAAUCCUCUUUUGGGUGAGUAUUUCAAACUUAAGUUGCCCGAAUUAGAGAAAAGUGUUUGUCGUGUUGUUUAUGGAUUUUGCUUUACUGAAGUCUCUAAAAAGUAUAAGUUAGUGAGAUCUAGAAGGUUUGAGGGUCAUCGUGAAGUAUCAGAAUUGGAGGUUUAUACUCUCGGAGUUGAUGGGAAAUGGAGAAAUUUGGGCCAAGUUCCAUAUCCUGUAUGGCAUGAUUUUGGACAGGUUUGUGUGAAUGGGGCUCUUCAUUAG